GGAAAGAAGAUAAAGAAGGAGACACAAACAAGGAGCCAAAGAAGACCAUCAAAUUUAGAAAAACCAUAAUCAAACAUGAUGAAAAAACAUUGAAAGGGAAAGAAGCAAAAAAGAAAUCUCCUGACCUCGAAAAGGCAUCUAUAAUGAUCCAGGCCUGGUGGCGGGGCACGCUGGUGAGGAGGAUGUUGCUGCAUGCUGCCCUCAGUGCAUGGACCAUCCAGUGCUGGUGGAGGCAGAUAUGUACCAUGCAACUGGUGAAGCAGCGGUGGGAAGCCCUGGAGUUCUACAAGCGGCAAAUCUGGGCGACUGUGAGGCUGCAGUCCUGGGUCCGAAUGUGGCUCAUCCGCCAGCGAUACCGUAAUAUGCUCAGUGUUGUCCACACCAUCCAGGACCAUUGGUGUGGUCAUAUCUGUCAAUCUCAUGAUACUUUCCAGGGCAGCUAUGAGCUAAUAGGAGACCGCCUAGUACUUCAACUCGACAUCUUCCUAGGAUCCCAGGUUUGUCGCAUUACAGACUGCAUCCCCUUUCCAAUAAAGAACUGA